AUGCAAUACGUGAAGAGCACCACCGAACUUUCCGAUGGCACGGUACUACCAGCAGGUGCCAUGAUCAUGAUCGACGACAGCGCUGUACGGGAUCCAGAGAUCUACGAGAACCUGGAGAAGUUCGAUGCGUAUCGUUACUUGCGCAAACGUGAGCGGGCAGGUGAGGAGAACGGCCAUCAGUUCGUCACAACAUCGCCAGAUAAUCUCGCGUGCGGACAUGGACAGCAUGCUUGUCCUGGACGAUUCUUCGCGAGCACGGAGAUGAAGGUGUUGUUCUGCCUUAUUUUGCUGAGAUACGACUUGCGGUAUGUGCCAGGAGCAGACCCGCCGAAGUAUACCAGAUUCAAGCAUCAUGUGGCGGCGCCUCCCGAUUUGAAGGUGCAGUUUCGCAGGAGGAAGGAGGAGAUAGAUUUGCUUCACCCGAAGGACGGUCAGCGACAGCAAAGUCCAAGCGUGCACAUCCCCAAGGACAAAUAUCUCGCAUUCAAGAGUACAGCAAGUGUCACCGCCAUCAUGUUCACUUACAGCAGGGAUAUUCAAUCGUGUCCGCGGAUACUGACAACAGGCAGGAGAUGA